UCGGGCUAAGGAGAGAGGGGGCAAGUGCUCCUGAGAAAAUCCUGAGAACUCUGCACUCCCUCCCUGCAGCUUGUUUAGCCCUCGGCCGGUCCCACCCUCGGCAGCUCUCUCCCUCCUCUCUGUCUCCUCUGUUUUGUUUCACCAGUACAAUGACUGUGGGGAACAUGGAGAGCGCUCAGCUGUUUGAUGCUGGGAAGAAAGGUCGAGGCCUGAAGGCCACCAAAGAGCUCAGUGCUGGGGAGGUGGUCUUCGCCGAGGCCAGUUUCUCCGCUGUGGUCUUUGACAGCUUGGCCUAUCAGGUGUGCCACAGCUGUUUCCGGUGCCAGGCCAAACUGCACCGUUGUGCCCAGUGUAAGUUUGCUCAUUACUGUGACCGUACCUGCCAGACUGCAUGCUGGGACGAACACAAGCAGGAAUGUGGAGCCAUCAGGAAGCUCGGCAAGGCGCCCAGCGAGAACGUUCGUCUUGCUGCUCGUGUGCUGUGGCGUAUGCAAAAGGACACAGGCAUCGUAUCAGACUCUCAGCUGAUCUCAGUGGACCAGCUGGAGGACCACGUGGCCGAUCUACCUGAACAAGGCCUCAAGAAGCUCAAGACGGACGUGCAAAGCUUCCUGGAGUACUGGUCCUGUGGAAGAAAGCAGCACUCCCCUGACUACAUCUCACACAUCUUUGGCAUCAUCAAGUGUAAUGGAUUCACACUGAGUGACCAGAGAGGCCUGCAGGCAGUCGGUGUGGGUCUCUUCCCAAACCUUUGUCUGGUCAACCAUGACUGUUGGCCCAACUGCACCGUCAUCCUCAAUCACGGCAACCAGUCAGCAGUGAGUUCUGCUCUCCACUCUAAGAGGAGGAUCGAGCUGCGAGCUCUGGAGAAAAUCCCAGAGGGGCAGGAGUUGACUGUCAGCUACGUGGACUUCCUCAGCCUGUCUGCUGACCGUCAGAAGAAGCUGCAGGACUGCUUCCACUUCGAGUGCACCUGCGAACACUGCAGCCAGCACAUCAAGGAUGACCUGAUGAUGGCUGCCUCAGAGAGCGAGGGGAAAAAACCGUCUGCUGAUAAGGUCAAAGAGGUGACUGCCUUCAGUAAAGAGUGUCUGGAGAAGAUCGAGAGGUUCCGCACUGAGAAGGAUUACCAAGAGGUGGUGAAGUUGUGCCGUGAGUGUCUGGAGAAGCAGGAGAACGUCUUAGCUGACACUCAUCUGUAUAAGCUGCGUGUGCUCAGCGUUGCCAGUGAGGUGCUCUCAUACAUGCAGUCCUUCGCUGAGGCUGCAAACUGCACCCGCAGGAUGGUGGAGGGAUACAGAAAGCUGUACCACCCCAACAAUGCCCAACUGGGCAUGGCCAUCAUGCGAGCAGGUGUCACCCACUGGCAUGGGGGCCAGAUAGAGGUGGGUCACAAAAUGAUCUGCAAGGCCUACCGCAUCCUCAUGGUCACCCAUGGACCCAACCACGCCAUCACCAGAGACCUGGAGUCCAUGCGCGCACAGACUGAGGUGGAGCUGAAGAUGUUCAAGCAGAAUGAGCAGGUGUACCACAGCAUGAGGGACGCUGCUCUGAAGAUCCAGUCCUAAGAUGAUCUAAGGCCUCCUCUGCAGCAACAAUCACCUUCAUCACUGAUGAACUUGUCAGACCUUCUAUACUGCAUGUCUUCAUAAGCUCUGCACCCUGAGUCCCUGUGCCUGUGCUGAAUGUCUGCAUCACCAGUGUAUCUGAUCACACACUGUUCUGUUAAAAUCACCAUGUGCAGAUGCAGCACAACAUGUUGCAUGUACAGUAUCUACAAUAAAAGUGAAGAUACAACA